CGCCAAACCUCUCUGUCAGCGACAGGACGCCCGUCUCCGCGUUCUGGUUCUGAAGCAGAAUCCCUGAGGACUGGAAGGCCCGGGCGGGGGGCGGAAGGGAUUCAGAUACCUUGAAAACCCCCGGGAGACUGUGGAAUUGAUUAUUUUUCUGCUGUUCACCUUUCAAUAUGAAGGAGGAUCAAGUUGUGCUGGAAGAACCAGGAUUCCAAGAUGAAGAAGAAUCUUUGUUUCAAGACAUUGACCUGUUACAAAAACAUGGAAUUAAUGUGGCUGACAUUAAGAAACUGAAGUCAGUAGGCAUCUGUACCAUCAAAGGGAUACAAAUGACAACAAGAAGAGCGCUAUGCAAUGUCAAAGGGCUCUCAGAAGCAAAAGUGGACAAGAUUAAAGAGGCAGCCAACAAGCUUAUUGAACCAGGAUUCCUGACUGCAUUUGAGUAUAGUGAGAAGAGGAAGAUGGUUUUCCAUAUCACCACUGGGAGCCAGGAAUUUGAUAAGUUGCUAGGAGGUGGAAUUGAAAGCAUGGCAAUCACAGAAGCUUUUGGAGAAUUUCGAACUGGAAAAACCCAACUCUCUCAUACCCUCUGUGUGACAGCUCAACUUCCAGGAGCAGGUGGCUACUCAGGAGGAAAGAUUAUCUUCAUUGAUACAGAAAAUACUUUCCGUCCAGAUCGCCUUCGGGACAUUGCUGAUCGCUUCAGCGUAGACCAUGAUGCAGUCCUGGACAAUGUACUUUAUGCACGUGCAUAUACUAGUGAACAUCAGAUGGAGCUACUUGAUUAUGUAGCAGCAAAGUUCCAUGAAGAAGCUGGCAUCUUCAAACUAUUGAUCAUUGAUUCAAUAAUGGCACUUUUCCGAGUGGAUUUCAGUGGUCGUGGGGAGUUGGCUGAACGGCAGCAAAAACUGGCCCAGAUGUUGUCACGACUCCAAAAAAUCUCAGAAGAAUAUAAUGUGGCUGUGUUUGUGACCAAUCAAAUGACUGCUGACCCAGGAGCAACUAUGACUUUUCAGGCAGACCCCAAAAAACCCAUCGGGGGACACAUUCUGGCUCAUGCUUCAACAACAAGAAUAAGCUUGCGAAAGGGAAGAGGAGAGCUGAGAAUUGCCAAGAUUUAUGACAGCCCUGAGAUGCCUGAAAAUGAAGCCACCUUCGCAAUAACUGCUGGAGGAAUUGGGGAUGCCAAGGAGUAGGUGGCGAAUUGAUGCAAAUUGCUUCUUAGUGCUUAUUAGGAGCUGAAGAAAUGGAAAAGCAGUCUCAAAUUUCAGAUCUUGAAGAGUCUGUUUUUUUUCAUGUGUUAUUAAAGGAAAGUCAGCAAAAGAGAAUUAAAUCAUA